AAAAGUAUGGUGCUGAUACUAUUACUAUUACUUAUUCCAUGCCAUCUCCUUCUACCGACUCUAUACCUUCCCGGCCCUUUUCUUCACUCGAUGUCGGGCACCAUUUUGAAGCUGAGAGCAGAACACGACCGGUUUAGUCAUUCGGAACCGGGUGCUGAUCCGGACCCGGAAAAUGUAACAGCCGAGAAGCCUAAGAAAAUGGCGGUGCUGGAUUUAGGUAACGGUAGUGAGGUUCUGCACAUGCCGCGAUUCAUUUCGUAUCAAGAUUCAUGGAGGUAUUUUGAUUACCUGGAUAAAAACAUACCUUGGACACGACCCACUAUCCGUGUCUUUGCCCGGUCGCAUGUUCAGCCCAGGGAUAUGUGCUAUGUUGCGAAUGAAGGAUUGACUCAACUGGGUUACAGUGGGUUUCAACCUCAUGCUUAUUCCUGGGAUGAAUUUCCACCCUUGAAGGACAUUCUUGAUUUGGUCCACAGGGUUCUUCCUGGGAGCAGUUUCAAUAGCUUGCUCUUAAAUAGGUAUAAUGGAGGUGAUGAUUACGUGGGUUGGCAUGCUGACGAUGAGAAGCUUUACGGAUCCACUCCUGAAAUUGCUUCUGUUUCAUUUGGAUGUGAACGUGAUUUUCUCUUGAAGAAAAAGCCAUGUAAAGUUAAGAAGUCAGCCACAGGAAACGAGGGCGAACCUCCCAGAAAACGAUCAAAGAAUGUGAACAAUGGUGAUCAACAUGCGUUCUUGUUGAAGCAUGGUUCCCUGCUGGUAAUGAGGGGCUACACCCAAAGGGAUUGGCUCCACUCAGUCCCUAAACGCGCGAAAGCACAGACACAUCAUCUCAUUGAAAGGCGGGGAAAGGAAAAAUUGAAGAAAAAAGAAAAACUGAACAUUGCAAGCAAUAAUAAUAUAUACACGAUGCUUAGUCUCCCGGCAAAAGCCCGAGAAAACGGGCCCGCAUCCCCACGGGCUGACCUCGUCGGGGAGAUUGACACAAAGGCCCCAUUCCAGUCCGUGAAGGCCGCCGUCACUUUAUUCGGCGAAGUCGGCUCCCCCAAAACUCGGCCCGUCUCCAAGCGUUCUAAUUCCGACGAGCGAGUGCUGGAGAAGGAAACGCAACACCACAUGCUUCUACGCGAGCUCGACUACUACAAAGAGCAGCUCAAGAACACCGAGGCCACAAAAUCCCAGGCCCUCAAGGACCUCCAGCGGGCCCACCGAACCCUCCACCAGCUCACCAACAAGCUGGAGGCCCUGAGUGAGUCCAAACAGGCCUCCAUUCGGGCCACCGAGGCCGCCAAGGCCCGGGCCCAAGAGCUCGAGGAGCUGCGCACUCUCCGCGCUCAGCUCGGAAGUGAUGCUUGGAAAAUCGACCUCGAAAACGAGCGUGAAGCCUACAAGGCAUGCACCGGCCAGCUCACUGAUUGCAAGCAGGAGCUCGCCAGCCUCCGCCAGGACUUAGACUCAGCCCUCGAACACAAGCUCUCUGUCUUUCAGGAGGCAGAGGAUGCCCAGGCCCAGGCCCAGGCCCACCAGCAGGUCCAGGCCCAUCUUGAAGUGGAGGUUGGGGCCCUCUGCCGGGCCCUUGCAGAGCUCGAGCUCGAAGUCCAACGAGCUGAGGAAGAGCACUUGCGGGCUUUGGUUGAGAAGGAGAAUCUGCUGCAGGCCCGGCGGUCAGAAGUGGAUCGGGCCCAGAGUGAGGCCCGGCGAUUGAGGGAGGCUUAUGAGCCCGAAGAAACCCUUCAACAGAAGCUCCAGCAGACUAUGGAGGCUGUGAAGGUCCUUCAGGCCCAGCUGAAAGAUAUUCAGGGGACUGAUCUGUACACUCUCAAGACUACUUUCUCGGAGCUCGAUAAGUCGAAGAAGGCCUUGGACGAAGCUGUUCGGGAAGAAAGAUUACUUCAGGCCAAAAUUGAUUCCAUGAGGAAGCAGCUGGAGGAAGUGAAAAACGAGUGCUUGGAAUUGGAAACAAAGGUGAACAAGGAAGAGUCGAGCGCAGAACAGAUGCAGACUCAGUUAGAAAAGAGGAAAGUCGAGCUCGAGGAAGCCAUGUCGGGAUGCGCCUCGAUAAUGCAGUCUUCCAUCGAUAAACUUUCGGUGGAAGCUGAAAAAGCCAGGCUUGAGGCCCAAGGAAUUAACAAAAAGGCUGAUAUACUAAAUCUGGAAUCCGAGGCAUUUCGUCUUGCAAUCAAAGAGUCUGAGGAGAAGCUGCGGGCUGCUCUGGAGGAAGCCGAGGCUGCGAAAAAGGAUGCCGAUGAUAAAAUCUGUAAUUAUGAAGGGAAGGAAAGUGGGGGCUCAAAAAUUAUCAGAUUGUCUGUUGAGGAAUUCGAGUCGAUGAAUAGAAAAAUCGUGGCUUUUAAGAACGAGGCGGAUGUGAAAGUGUCGACGGCCAUGGCACAGGUGGAGAGUAUAAACGCGAACGAGAUGAUAGUUGUGGAGAAACUGGAGAUGGUGGUAAGGGAAAACGAGGCUAUAGAGUCGGGAAUUAAGGAGGCUGUGAAGAGAGCAGAUAUGGCUGAGGCAGCUAAGAGGAUUGUGGAGAGCGAACUCCAGAAAUGGCGUAUGAAUGAGAAAAGUGAGGUCGAAAAGUCGUUUAACAAAACAAAAGCAACAUAGCGGGGUGCGCGUGUGGGGGUGUAUACAGUUAUUUUGUAAAAA